CACACACUCUUCUUUUGACAUUAUAAAUAGGUCACAUUCCAGACGUCUUGAUAUCAAGUUAGCAAAAUUAUUUCCCUUUUACAUAGCCCAAAAAAGUCAAGAAAAUAGUAGUACAACUAUGGCUCAACUUUGUAAGCUUGAGCUCCAAACAGAGAUGAAAUCAUCUCCUGAUAGGGUAUUUGAUAUUUACAAGAACAAAACCAGCCUCAUGCCCAAGAUUAGUCCUGACAAGCUGCAAAGCAUUCAAGUGCUCGAGGGGGAUGGCAAGAGUGUUGGCUCUAUCAGACUUUGGACCUAUUUCAUGGAGACACCUGUGGUUGCAAAAGAUAAGAUUGAUGCUAUUGACAUGGAAAAGAAAACCAUCACAUUUGAGCUUAUAGGAGGUGAAGUUACAAGCUAUUUCAAGAGCUUCAAAGCCACUCUCCAGGCAAUUGCCCAAGGUGAUAUAAACAUGGUGAAAUGGACUCUAGAGUACGAGAAAGCAAGAGAAGAUAUCCCAACCCCACAUUCCCAUCUUGAUUUUCUGAUAAGUUGCUCCAGAGACGUGGAUGCUUACCUUCUCAAAGCACAGAAAAAUUAAUUAAGAUCAUCGGCAGUGAUUUUGAUUUUGUGUAUAUUUCGAUAACUGCUUAACAGCAUACCUCUUCUUCCAUGUAUUUCAUUCUUGCUUGCAGUGUUGUUGUGAAGUAUGGUUUUGUUGGUUUGGGCUUGUAAUUAUGAAAGUCUUUAUUUUU